CCGCUUUUUUUCCCAUUCAUUUCUCGUGAGGAUAUUACCAACAACAAACAACAACAACAAAAAGCUGCUCCGUUGCCAGCCGUGCGUGCCGCGCCAAGGUUGGCGAUGGAGGAUGGAGCUGAGGGCAGCCGUUGCCGUCGCAGACGCACGCACGCCGUGUCGGCAUGGGCCUCUCCGAUCCGCGUCAAGAUGACGGAGGGCCGUCGUUGCCAGAUACAUCUUCUCGAUGACCGAAACCUGGAGCUUCUUGUGCAGCCGAAGCUCUUGGCCAAGGAUCUUCUGGACCUGGUGGCCUCUCAUUUCCAGCUCAAGGAGAAGGAGUACUUCGGCCUGGCCUUCACAGAUGAAUCGGAACACAACAGCUGGCUCCAGCUGGACAGGCGGGUUUUGGAGCAUGACUUUCCGCGGAAAUCCGGAGCCAUCACGCUGCACUUCGCCGUUAGGUUCUACAUUGAGAGCGUCACCUACCUGAAGGACAAUGCCACGGUGGAGCUUUUCUUCCUCAACGCCAAAUCCCGCAUCACCAAGGGACUGCUGGAGGUGGACAGCGAGACUGCCUUUGAACUUGCCGCUUACAUUCUGCAGGAGGCCAAUGGAGAUUAUACGAGUGAUGAUGUCACCAAGGAUGAGCUGAAAAGGCUGUCGGCCCUCCCAACGCGAACACUCAAGGAGCAUCCCUCCAUCACCUUCUGCGAGGAUGAGGUCGUAAAAAAUUACCAGAAGCUCAAGAGUCAAACUCGGGGUCACGCUAUCGUCAAUUACAUGAGCGUUGUCGAGUUGCUGCCCACGUACGGAGUUCACUACUACUCGGUGAAGGACAAACAGGGACUCCCUUGGUGGCUGGGCCUCAGCACAAGAGGCAUUGCUCAGUACGACCACCAGGACAGGCUCAAGCCACGUAAGGUGUUCCAGUGGCGACAACUUGAGAACCUGUACUUCCGGGAGAAGAAGUUUUCGGUGGAGGUUCAUGACCCAAACAGGGUGACGGUGAGUCGUCGCACCUUCGGACACAGUGGGAUUGCCAUCCACACGUGGUAUGCCAGCGUCGCACUAAUCAAGACCAUCUGGGCGAUGGCAAUCAGCCAACACCAGUUCUACCUGGACAGGAAGCAGAGCAAGGCAAAGAUUCCAGCGGCACGGAGCCUCAGCGAGAUAGCGGUGGAUCUCUCCGAGUCGGGCACGCUCAAGAGAAGCAAGCUCAACAGCAUGGGCAGCAGGGGGCAGGUCAUCAGUGCCAGCAGGGGCAGUCUCCUGUCGUCUGGUUCGGUCGACUCGGAGGUGAGCCAGACGGCCAAGAAGGAGAUGAUGUCGGCGCUCAAGAGCCGGCAGGAGGUGCUGGAGGAAUCGUUGCGUCUGCGCCUGGACGAUCUGCGCUCCAUGUGUCUGCGCGAGGCCGAGCUGACGGGGCGGCUGCCGAGCGACUUCCCGCUGGCGGCCGGCGAGAAGCCGCCCGCUGUUCGCCGCCGGGUGGGCACGUCGUUCAAGCUCGACGAGAAGAAGAUGGUGCCCCGCGGGGAGGAGGAGGAGCUGGACAGCCUGGAGAGGGACUUCGCCAUCCAGACGCAGAUCACCGAGGCCGCCAAGAAGCUCGUUUCGGACCCCCACAUCGGCAAGACGAUGCGGCGGCAGCGCAAGACGUCGCUGCAGAACGCCACGCGCAAGCUGCAGCAGAUCGAGGGCGCCAUCAACGAGUACCGGCUGCGCGCGGGCAAGGAGCCCACGCAACGCGCGUCGCUCUUCAUCGAAGAUAAGAAAGAUCAAUCAUUCUUCUCCGAAGGAAAAGAGCAGUCCGAAGACAGCUCGCUUUCCGAUGCCGCCAUCCUUGAAGAUUCCGACUGUGUCCCGGACACCAGCUUGCCCUCUCCGCCGCCAUCGCCGCAAGCAUACGAACCUCCGGCCCCGACGCCCUUCGCCCACCCUCACCCUCACCAGCACCCUCACCCUCUUCCUCACCAGCACCCUCACCCGCACCAGCACCCUCACCAGCACGCGCACCCUCACGCCGGCGUGGCGUACGCCCGCCCGCCGCCCCCGCACUCGCUGGACGGGCUGGCGCUGCGGCGCAUCCAGUCGUUCCGCACGGACGCUCCGGACUAUGACAAGUCGCCCAUCAAGCCUCGCGCCUGGAAGGAGUCGUCCCUGGACGAGCCCUACCAGAAGACCAAGAAGCAGAGCAAGGACGGCAACCAGACGAGCGCCACGGCCAGCAGCUGCAGCUCGCCGGUGUGCGGCGGCAGCGCCCCGCCGGGCUCCCUGCAGGCGAGCCCCGUGCACGGCCCCGGCGCCGUCGCCGGGCUGCCCGACUCGCUGCAGGGCAGCCCCGUCCACGCGCCCGCCUACUUCUGCAGCGUCCCCUCCACGCCCGACUUGCGCACCCGCGGAAUCCUCCGGCACAAGCAGCAGCAGCAGUCCAGCUCGGUGGACGUGAGCCCGGCGCACAGCUGCCCCCCGCCGGAGGCGUUCCGCAAUCGCAGCGGCAGCCUCGAGUGCGGCCCCUCGCUGCCGCCCUCCGCCGAUGACCCCUACGGCACCGCCACGUCACACAGCAGCGCCAGCUCCGACGUGCCGGACGACCGGCUGUCGUGCGCCAGCCAGUGCAGCUCGGAGCGCGAGCCCUGCUGCGGGAGCGGCUGCGGUUGCGGCUACGGCUACGGCACGCUGGGCGAGGAGUCUCUGCACCAGGCGCGCCAGCGUCACCGCUCUGCCGGGAGCCUCGGCUCGGCGAGCUCGGGCAGCCUGCCCAACUUGGCGCCCAACGCAGGCCCGUCGGGCGCCGCCCGGUCCGGUGUGUCGUACCACAACCACCACCACAACAACAACAUCCACAACCACCACUCGCAUCAGCACCAGUCGCAGCAGCAGCACCACCAGCAGCACCAGCAGCACCAGCAGCACCAGCAGCACCACCGCUCGGUUCCGAACUCGGCCUCGCAGUACCGCAUCAAGGAGUACCCGCUGUACACGGACGGGGCGGCGUGGCCCACGACGGUGGUACGCAGCUUGGAGAGCGACCGCGAGGGACACUACAGCGUCAAGGCGCAGCUGCGCGUCUCCAACUCGUACACGGCGGGCGGGCUGUACCGCGACAGCGCCCACUACCGUGGCGGCGGCGGCAGCGGCAACGGCAGUAACGGCGGGGGCGGCGUGGGCGAAGGCGCCGGAUAUUACGGCGGCAGAGACGCGGGCGGGACGCACGGCGGGGUGCCGCACUCGCGCUCACAGCUGGUGCGGACGCCCAUCAGUUCGCCCGGGCAGCACGCGAACAGCCAGUGGGGCUCUCAGGCCUUGAUAGAGGAGGAACCGCAUCAUUUAAAUAAUCUACAGCAGCAGACGACGACGGCGAGGGGUUCCGGGACGUUACCGGCGCAGGGUUCGUCUCCUUCAUCGUCCCCACUCCACCACCACUACCACGCGCAGCAGCAGCAGCAGCAGCCACAGACGGCCGAUUCGAUAGACCACCUCCGUUCGUGGUACGAGCGCAACGCUCACCGCGACCCGCGGAGGCUGUCGCACGCCAGCUCCGGCUCGGACAGGAGCUCGCAGUCGGACCGCAGCUCGCGGCCCUACACACCGUCGCCCGCCAACGUGCGCCUGGUGAAGGGGCAGCCCCAGCCGGGACAGUGUCACGCCUCCGUGUCCCCCACGAGCAGCACGAGCAGCAAAAGGCAUUUUGCGCUUCCCACGCCGCAGUCGUGCGAUCCCAUCGCGCACGCCGUUCUCUCGGGCCAGCCGCACGGCCCGACGCCGCCGCCGCAGCAACAGCAGCAGCAGCAGCCCCAAGCGGCGCCGUACGGCCAAUCGCACGGCGUCCCGAUGCCGGUGGCUCAGCACACGGUGGUGCAGUGGCCGGCGGCAGCGAGCGACGGCGGCGGGCAGCGGGAGCAGCAGCAGCAGCUGCUGCACUGCGACGCGACCCACGUGCAUCGCUACCACACGCCGCCGCCGCCACUGCAGCAGCAGCAGCAGCACACGAGCAGGGCCUACCAAGAGGGCAUUUUCUAUCAAGCGGGUCCAGCCGGUCAACCGAGUUCUCUGCUGCCACAGCCUGAAAGUCACCAGCAGUGGAGGAAGGAAGACGAAACCAGGACUGAGACGCUGGUCUGAAACCAACUGCUACGUCCUCCCGAUGGCUGUGUGUCUCCUUUUCGUUCAAGCGUGAAAACCGAGCUUGUUUCCUCCGACAAACUCAACAAGAAGGGGGUGGGGGGUGCGGGGGAGACUCGGGGGAGACGCGGGGGAAGAAUAAUCACUUUAAAUGAUGCGACCCCCCCCCCCGUACAUCCAUUUUCACUGACAGAAAGUGACCUUUGACCUACGUCACGGGGAACAUCUUGAAGGGCUGUGGUAUUUGUACGACAAGAUGCAGGGGGGGGGGGUCUCCAGAUUAUAAUUGAUUGGCACUUUUUAAAUUGGUGUCUUUGUUUUGUGUUGGGUUUUCUUUUAUUAGACACAUGAAACGAACACAUCGUGAUUUAUUUAGCUUCCGUAUCUUGGCAAUACACGUGACUACAAUAGUGUAAUGUCUCUAAGGGUUAGAUAAUUUAAUUGUCACUAACCCAUUUGUUAAUAUUGUUGAAUACUUGAGAACUUGCAACAUUUCCACACCGACAUAAAAAAAAAAUUUACAAAAAAAAUCGAUGAAAAAUAUUGUUCAGCACAUGCGGUUGUUUUUACAAAACGAUCCUUUUUUUGUUGGUGACCACAAAAUGUGUUUUUGUAAACGCCUUUUAUAUAGCCUGUCAUAUCAUCAUCAUCCUGAAGAAAUGAAUCGUGCUUUGUGGUGUAACCACUUGGGAGGGUGUGAACAUUUCCAGCCUGCACCCCCCCCCCCUCCCCCCAGAAAAAGCCUCCCAUUAAACUUGAAGGCUGCUUCGAAGCAAACGCUCGCGAACAAAUUCUGCGUUUUCUCAAUUUUGCAAAAAAGCAUUCCACUACGGACCAAAGCUGUGACUGCGACCCCCCCCCUCCCCCCAGCACCGCCCAUGGCUAGCGGUCACGAGCAGACGUGGACAAACGUGUUCAACCAUUUCAGUGGCUUCUAUGUGACUUGAGGGGCCUCUUUUCCAGCCUUGACUUCAACAAGACAGCACCCGGCGCUGCACCAACAGUCCUGCCGAAGACCAAGAGGUGGCCCGUCGUGACGCUGGUCGCGUACCCCUUGAUAUAUCGAGCAAUGAAACGAGUGCUGACAAGUGGCACAUGCCUCCGAAAUCCUUGAAGAUGGUUGUUAAAUUCAGGGCUUCAUCUCUCGCUGAAUGCGUGCCGGGUCACUGAUAUAUUUGGUGUAGGCACUUGCCACAGUUAAAGCAAGGUGUAUACUGGAUGUGGUGUUGUGCCAGGCGCGGACAUAUUCUAUGGAUCAUUGGCCGGGACAGACGUGGCUGAGAUUAAGCGUAAAUUGUAAAAGUCUGCCCUAAGUGUAGUGGUUCUUGUGACAAUAUAUAGGGAUUCCCUUUUACUGAGGGGUAUUGAUAGUGCUGUAUUGUAAUGUUAGCUUGCCUAUUGUCAACAUUGCAUUAACAGGUCCUAGUAACUAUUGUUUUCUGUUAACACUGAAGGUUGGGUGAAGAUGUGCAUUGCAAAGUUGAACCGCGUUUUUCCUUUCUUCACUGAAGCAUUUUGAGUAAUAAAAGCUUGAAUGCGCCUGAAAAAGCAUGUGUACUGCCGUGCCGUAUGGUAAAACAAACCCACCACAAUGCUUCUGAAAGGGGCAUACUUAUUUUGUUAACUUAAAUUAUAAACUCAGGUGAUUAUGUUAAAAUUGAAAGUGUGACCAACCAUCUCCACCAAUGCCUUGCUCUUCUCAAGUGUGCUCAGCAACUGUCACACAAAGAUCACCAAAUAAAUAUAUACAACACAGUACCGGGGCAAACAGAUUGCUAGGACUGCACCUGAUAUGACCACUUUCACAUUCCUUGUCCAAAUAACGGUGCUACCCCAACGAGUGAACAUUGACAUUUGCCAAGAGAAUACAUUGGCUUCGAAAUUUUGGAUGAGGGAAUUAACCCCUCCCCACCGCCAUCCCCCCGCCAUCCUGCAGCUUAAAUUGUUGUCAGCCACAAACUUUCACAUCAACACACUCCCAUCUCGACAACUGCAGCCGUGGAGCCUAGACCUCCACAAGAGACUGGAAGAUCGAAUGAGAUGUGAGCAGAUUCAUAAUUAUCAAUACAUGUGGGACUCGUACCGAUGAAGGGUUUUCUUGGUUGUUCAUUUUUUGUUUAAUCCUGCAGUAGAAAUCAUUCAAGAAAGACAUAAUUGUUAGGAUGUUUAAGAAAUUUAUUUUCCUUGCUGAUACACUUGUGCAAACACACCAAUGCGCUGUGGAUUUUGUCAUUCGCUGUGGUUUUUCAGUUUGAAAAUCCAUAUUUGAAAAGCUGUCCUAUCCACUGGGUUUCCAAUAAGAGGUGGGCAAAACAACUAAUCUAAUUUUAAUAAGCGUAUUCAUAUAAAUUAAGUUGAGUUGCCCUUUUUCUAAUUAAUACUUGUUGCUGUUUAACAGCUACCACUGCCGUUGUGUGGUGUGAUUUUUGUCAUUUCCUGUUUUUUUCUGUUCUAAAAAUAUCUCAGUUAAAUUCAAUGUCAAUGAGAUAUAUGCUGCCAAUUGCACGUGCGUAAACGUGUCUGAUGAGGGGUUGAUUACUGGAGACAAUACAAAGAACAUUUCAUAUGGAGAGUGAAAACAAUUAUAAUCUUUUAUCAUCACCCAGAACUAAUUGUACACAAUUUCUCCGCCUUGUAUGCCGGACUCGGAGCUGUUUGAUAGCUGAUUUGCAAAUGGAUUUUAAUUUAGCUUAACACUGAAGGCAGCUGCACAUCUUGUUUAUUAGUUAUGACAUUAAGGAGACACUUUCGGUGACAUUGUCAAUGCCAUUUGAGACCCUGAAUAACCUUUCAAAAUUUACUGCACGAUGACCAUUUAUUCUCAGACAAAAUACAAAUACAAUGCUGACUUUAUUUGUUGUAAGCCAAAAUGAAAUAAAGAAUAAAAAAAGGCAUCAACAUUAAACUUUACAGUUUACAAGGUCACACUAGGUCUUCACAGUGGUGCUGUAUAGGUCACCGAUGUGUUUUUUGGCUUGUACCAUGUUCGGCAUGGUGCCCGACGUUUCGCUGCACGUGCUGGAGGCUUAUGCAGGAACUGAAACUUCCAGUAUGUGGAGCAAAACUUUGCUCCACGUCAUUGCCAAACGACAUGCUGUACGCAAUUAGAAAAGAUGUUUGAGUUUAUACAUUAAUAUUGUCAUUCAGUGGGCAAAUGUAAUUUGUACCAAGCUCCAUCAGCGUUAGCAUCACAACUCAAAUAAUAUUCAAUAUAUUAACCCAGUUUCAUCAGUUGCGAAAAAACUGCCAUCUGUAAAGUGCAUCGAUUGGCAGCAAUCAAUAAUUUACUUCCACGUUUUAGGUCCGACACUUAACAAAAUGCAGCUCGCCAAAUGUAUCAACAAAAGUAUCUGGUUUAAUCAGAUGGAUUAAUGUCACAAUUUACUUUUCUGCGGCCUAUUUAAAGGGAGGGGGACAGACAUUUACAAUUGAAGCACAACCUGGGUUGAAAUUAAAAAAAUGUACACGCAUUAAAUAACUCGAUCAAUUGCAAUAUAUUUUUCUUGCCAAGUUACAUAUGAAACACAUGGCGCUGGCCGCCGAGGUGGCAACAUUUUUUAAUAACAACAUCCCUGGCACAAGUCGAUGAUGUCCUGCUGCAACCUGGCUUCGUGUGGAAACGAGUGAAUCAGUGUUAUAUUUUUUGUUUUGUAAAUGCAAACCGUUACUACUGAAUUAACUGUUUUUUAAUGUUAUAUUUUUCACGCGUCCGUUGUUUCCUUUUGUAUUUUUUUUUAUUAACGAUUAAAAAAAAUUAAACGAGCUGUUUGGAUGUGUUUAUAUUAAAGCAAUGCCAUCUUUAUACGUAGAUAUUUUACACUUUUUUUUUUAAAUUAGUACUGUAUUUUUAUACAGCACACAUUUUUUUUCAAGUUGAGAAAUGGCAAUUUAAAACGUUAACAUCAGUAGGUCUUUUUUUUUAAACAUAGGUGUUGCAUAAAACUAGCACUGAUAUGUGUAAAAUAAAAUUAGUUUCUUUUCUACAUAAAACAACUAAUAACUGUGAGACAGUUGGAUAUUUUGCCUUCGAUUUUGACGCUGGCCUUUUAAACUGUAAUAGGUAGGUUGUGAUUGAUGUAAAUUAUCGUUUUAUAGUGAAAUUGUUGGGUUUAUUUUCUCUGUGGCUCAAUACUGAAGCCUCAAGCUAUGUGCAGUACAGUAAUGUCUGUGGUUAAUGUGUAUCUUUUGUGCAUGCAGUGACAUUAGUUUAAAACAGCAAAUAUAAAAAAUAAACAUAAUAAAUGUA